AGCCACGAAAAUGUCAUAAAAAAUCUUAGCCCCGUAUCCCCCGCCGUGUCCACAAUAACAGAUGAUGACACAACACACAAGAUCGUGAUUUCACAGAGGACGUAAACAAUUAGCUAAAGAUGGCUGGAGGGUUUCGAUAUAAGAUUUGGGAUCCUCCAUUGAUUAUUUCACAAAUCAUCACAAUGCAGGCAGUUUAUUACAUUGGUCUUGGUAUAUGGAUUGCCUUUAUGGAUGUCUUUACUGGACAUCACAGAUCACUUGAUAGUAUCUUCAAAUACCAGGAGAUCCAAAUAAAAGAGGGACAUGGUAGAGCAGUGAUGGCUGCAUUUAUUCUCAAUGCACUAACUGGAUCCUUAGGAUUGUGGAAAGUUGUUCAAAGAACAAAGCAGUGUCUUGAUUUCACAAUAACUGCUCAUUUUCUACACAUGUUGUGCUGUUGGUUUUAUAAUGGACAUCUCCCUUCUCAGCCCUCAGUGUGGCUCCUCCAUCUUGUCACCAUAACGCUUAUGUGUGUUCUUGGAGAAUAUCUUUGUAUGAGGACCGAGAUGCAGAAUAUCCCUGUGAUGAGUUCAAAAGUUGAUCUGUGAAUAGUAUGUCAGUUUUUAUACUGUAUUUAUAUUAUUUUAUUUUCUAUAUUUGUAAUAAUAGUCAAUAUUAGCUAGUGAAAAUUAUCUAGAUGUAUAAAAAAAAAAAAAGGAUACCUGUAAAACCAUUUCCACUUAGGCAUGUAGGGUAUUUUAGGAAAUAUUUUUAACUGGAGGUUUGUGAUAUUGAUUUUAGUAAUGAGUCUUUUUUUUUCUCUUUUAUUUAGGACAUAGCUAGGUAGGAUUGCAGUCCCAAUACAUCCAAAGAAUUCAGAUGAUUUUGUUGUUGAUCUUAGUGUUUGAAGUCAUCCAGUGAGACAAUAUGAAGCUUCCAAAUAUUACCUUCCAUAUAGAUGAAGGGUAGAAGAAACAAAAUGAACAGGUGUAGGAAAUUUUGAAUACCUCACUUUAUAAUAGGCUUCUCCCUCUCUCUCUCCCUCUCCCUCUCCCUCUCCCCCCUGCCUCCCUCUCUCUCCCCCCUCCCUCUCUCUCUCUCCCCCCUCCCUCUCUCUCUC